CAGUCGCCGCGCGCGUAGAGAGAACCUAGAAGUGUUGCCCCCAAGUCGUCGAUCCACCAACCAGUACUCAAGCGUCCCGAAGUUCGUGCCGAAAAAAAGAAAAAGACGGCAAGCAUUCUUGCGAUUGUCGCUUUCUGCAACCCCCCGCCCCCGACCUGCCUCCAAGACCCUUUUUCGCUUGUGUGUCUCUCUAUCAAUCGUCUCGAAAGUUUAGCUCUGCGAGAAAAAAAAGAGCUUCCAGCGACAUUCCUUUUCUGGAACCAAGUCAUAUCGCCCUAUCGCCAAUCUCUGCGGCACGCUCGGUUUCGGUCACGACUUUAGAGAAUACCCAGAGCAGAGAGAUCAUGGGGUCGUCAAAACCCGAAAAGCGCCGUCGCGCCGACGACGAUGACAACGACGGUGCAGCAGCCACCAUCGAGCGUAAAGCCAAGAAGCCCAAGAGCAGCAGCAGCAGCAAAAAGUCCAAGAAGCCCAGCAAUAGCAGCAGCAGCAAGAAGAGCAGCAGGGACGAGCCGUCCGCGCUGCCGGAGGUCGACGCCGACGAGGCCGGCGAGCAGGCGCACAAUCAGGAUCACGAAGACGGCGGUGAUGACAACGUAAAGAAGCCCGCCCCGGCGGCCAGCGACAAGAAAGAGAAGAAGAAAAAGAACAAGAAGGCCAAAAAGACCAAAGAUGCAGAUGGUGCCACCACCACCACCACCGCCGCCGCCGGUGACAACGAUGAGCAGGAGGCGGCCGACGAGACCGAAGACAAGCAGCUGGAGCAACAACAACAACAGCAGCAGGCCGGCAAAAAGUCCCGCUUCAUAGUCUUUGUCGGCAACCUGCCGUACAGCGCCACGGUCCCGGAGAUCCAGGCGCACUUCGCCGCCCUGCAGCCCAUCUCUGUCCGCCUGCUCCACGAGCGCACCAACCCGUCCAAGUCUCGCGGCAUCGCGUUCGUCGAGUUCGCGGGCUACGACCACAUGAAGACGUGCCUGCGGACCAUGCACCACAGCACGUUCGUGGGCACCGCGACGAAUCCCAAGACGGGCAAGACGUGGACGGACGAGCGCAAGAUUAACGUCGAGCUGACGGCCGGCGGAGGCGGCAACACCGCCGCGCGCAAGGACAAGAUCCUGGCCAAGAACUUCAAGCUCAACGAGGAGCGCGUGAGGCGGAUCGAGGCCGAGGAGAAGGCCAAGUACGAACGGCGGAGUAAUAAUGCUGCCAAGCAGAAUGGUGGCGCCGGCGGUGAGCAGGAGGAUGGUGGCGACCAUGGCGGUAUUCACCCAAGUCGCCGCGGGAGAGUCCCUGGGGGCCGGCGCUAGUGAGAUUCCCUAUUGGCGACGUAGAAGGUGGAAGAUGCUGUGCCCUGGUCUUGCUUAGCGUUUACCUAUACAACGAGUUCUCGUGGUGACAACUUUCGAGCUGUCAAGAAUUCCAUAGCGAUGGAAACCAGGGAAGCAUUGAAUAAUAGCCUUUAGAGGUUCAAGUAGCUCGUGAAAUAAUCACCCUCCGAAUUCAGGAACGCGAUGCUUCAAU